GCAGCAUAGCAAUGGCAGGUAAUGGUAGUGUGGAGACGCAGUUGAAAAGAGAAGUCACUUGCCUCUUCUGUCAGGGGGUUUUAGAUGAUCCUCGCAUCCUAGAGUGCCUACACAUUUAUUGCAAGUGUUGCAUUGAGGGAAUGAAGCUUAAGGCCAGCGAGCCCAGAUACAAAUGCCCCCAAUGCUCGGAAACCCUUAUCAUCAGAGAAAUCGAGAAGCUCCCCUCCUUCACACUAGCUAAAUUCCACACUCGCAACCUCCAGCUACUCCGCCGGACCACUAGAAUAGAAACCCGCUGUGAGGUAUGCCUGAAAGAGCCGGCCUUGUACAUAUGCGUAGACUGUCGAGAAGGACAGCAAUUUAUAUGUCACAGCUGCUCCCUUCCCCACUACCACAGGCCAGAACUAAAGGACCACAUAUUAGACCUGGUUACCGAGUUCCCAGCUGCCGUUGCCCCAGAAUCUGUUCGGAAUCGAAAAUCAAGACGAAGCACGCUAGUAGCGACUUCUCUUUGCACUCUUCAUGGCCUCCAGUAUACGUAUUUCUGUCAGACGUGCAGUGCUGGGCUUUGCAAUGAUUGUGUUAAAGACGAUAACACACACAGUGACCACAACCUCAUACAGACAGGAGACCCUGUACAGGAUGCACAGAAAAUGAUACAGAUAGAGUUAUUGGAUAUACUCCAAGUACGGGACCUUCUCCUCUCAUCUCUGAAACCGCUGGAAGAGGUGAGACAGAGCAUAGAGCGGCAGGAGGAAUUUAUCGACGGGGAGAUAAAGAGCCGUUUUGUACGUCUUAAGAAAGAAUUAGACUUUUGUGAAAAGAACCUCACAAAUCAGUUGCAGUCCGUAUCACAGUCAAAGCGAGGGCUGCUCCAGAGACAGGCACACCAAGUAUCACAGUUAAUAGAGAAAGCCGAUCGCCUUUCUAAGCUCCUCUCGCAAUCGGCAGACAUGCCAGAUGAGACUUCUCUCAUGUCACUUAUGAAUCUACUGAUUGAGAAAGCAAAAGAAAUGAAGAAAGAGUUUACCAAGGUUUUGUCUGAUUCUGUAGGAACUUCUCCAAAAGCAAAAGUAGCCAUAAUCAGGAGGCAAGUAUCACUCACUCCGUGUGAGCUGCCUAACAUGGCACUGCUCCUUCAUCCUGAUGACGUGAAGAGUAGUCUUAGAGAGCAAGCGAGGAUAUACAUAAAGACGGCUCAACCUGAUAACUGCAUUGCGUUUGGUCCUGGCCUAUGCACACCUCAUGCUCUGAGGCUGACAUACUUCUCUGUCCAGCUAAACGACGCUUAUAAUCAGCAGGUACUCCAGCCUCACGACCUCCAGAUAAAAAUCACAAUCGAGGGGCUGGAAGGCACUUAUAGAGAGAAGCCUCGGGUGAUACAUAAAAAUAAAGGGAAAUACAUUGUCUCUUAUUGCCCGAGGGUACAUGGGAAAGCCGAGAUUAGAGUAUCAGUGGACGAGAACGAAAUAAGAGGGAGCCCAUUUUACGUUGACAUCCUAGCAGCAUCUCCACUGGCACACGAUUACAAGACCUUCACUUCAUUGGAGCAGCUAAGAUCCCCUGCUUGUGUAUCCAUUGACAGUGAGUCUGGGAUACUGUUUGUGUAUGACAAGAAAUCUGGGCUAGUAACACUAGAUAGCAGAGGAAUGAUAUUAUCUGUUAUUAAGUGUCCUUUGGGAGACAUCAGUGGCAUGGAUGUCAUGGAAGCUACCGGUGAUGUGUAUAUUAGCAGCUCUGAGCAUCACUGCAUUGCCAGCAUUGGUCCUGAGGGAGACAUAAUCCACCAGACUGGUAGUAAAGGCACAGAAGAUGCUCAUUUUAACACUCCAGUUGGUAUAAUGGCCACCGAUGAAGAGGUUUUCGUGUGCGAUUCUCUCAAUCAUCGAAUUCAAGUAUUUGAUGGAAAACUCAAGCUAAUAAGAAGCCUCUCCACAGAUUUCUCAAAAAAUCAGAAGUACCCCCAUCUGCAGCUACCGGGGCAACCAGUUGCUGUGACAAGAAAUGAGAAUGGUGCUCUCCUAGUGUCGGAUGUUGCCAAUAAGUGUAUUCUGCUCUUCAGCUCUGGGGAAAAGUUUCAACGCUCAUUUUGGCAACUGAGGAGAGUUGUUAGUGAUGGCGUUUGUGGCUUGGAUCAGGUAUUGAGUAGACCUCUUGGUAUAGCGUGUGACACUGAUGGGCACCUUUAUGUAUCUGACACAAGUAAUGGCAGGAUUGUUAUAUUUGAUUCACAAUCUGGAGACUUCAUAGUGUCACUGGGGCAGCACGAGGAAGGAGAGGGACGUCUUGUAUCACCAACAAGUCUUGCUGUCGACAGAGAGGGACACAUUUUUAUAUGCGACCAAUCGAAUCAAAGGUUACAAGUAUACAAUGACACAUUAGUAAAGACACUAAGUUGUUGAUAGUAAUUAUGAUAAAAAUUAAUUAGUAAUUUUUAUAUGAACAUGUAUUAUGGCAUAUUAUAACAUGUAAAAUUUUAUUAUAGACACUAUGCUUUUAUUAUUAAUAUAAUACUAUUACUAUAGAGUCUUUUACUUACAAUUGAAACAGCAACUAAAACAUUAACAAACUUUA